AUGUCGAUUCAACGCGCUUUGAAAGUGACCAGCACCGCAGAGGCACAAUCCUUGUACGACGACUGGGCCGAAGACUACAAUCGCGACCUACUUGGCGCGGACCAAGAUUAUGUCGCCCCAGUCAUUGCCAGCGAGCACGUGGUGAAGUAUAUCGGUCCAUCCGCAAUUGCAAAGUCGAAAAUCCUGGACGCUGGGUGCGGAACAGGCCUCGUCGGGGCCAAUCUGGCCAAGCUCGGGGCGACGCAGAUAGAUGGGAUAGAUCUCAGUCAAGGCAUGUUGCGGGUCGCUGAGCGAUCUGGCGCAUACCAGUCUUUGAGCACUACCGACCUAUCCCGGCCGCUGUCUCAGGCCCCGCGGUCCUACGAUGUGGUUGUCUGCGUCGGUACAAUGACCGAAGGCCAUGUGGGGCCCGAUGCUUUUGACGAGUUUGUGAGGAUUGUUCGCCCUGGUGGGUUCAUCAUCUCGACGGUGUACGAGGCUGUAUGGGAGAAGAAUGGCUAUAAGGAAAAGGUCACCGCGCUUGACGAAUCAGGGAAAGUGAAACUCUUGAGUGAUCAAAUGGAAGAUUAUAGACGCGGGCAGGGAGCGCGUGCGGUCAUGGUGGUUCUUCAAGUUCGGUGA